GACUGGAGAAGGAGUGAGUGUGUGUGUGAGGGAGAGGGAGAUAAAGCGCCAAGAAGCAGACCAGAAAAUAACUGCACAACACUCACAAAUACACACAGACACAGUAUGAGCAAGAAUGGCUGCAGUAUUCAUGGCAACAAACAUGGCGGCGAAAGCAAGGUCCUCCAAUUUCACUUUGUCUGAAAAGCUGGAUUUGUUAAAGCUGGUCAAACCCCACAUUAGGAUUCUGGAAGAGCACACCAACAAGCAUGCAGUGAUCAUGGAUAAGAACAAGUGCUGGGACAGCAUUGCAGAGCAGUACAACAUCGUGGGGGGCGACAGGCCUCCUCGCACUCCGCAAGGCCUCCGCACGCUGUACAAGAGGCUGAAGGAGAGCGCCAAGCAGGAGAUGGUGCAGCGCAAGCAUGCCCAGCCCGAGUAUCGAGGCAGCAUCUCUGAACCCACUAAAAAAGUGAUGGAAAUGAUCCCCCAUCUCUUCAGGCCCAUCCAUGACAAGGACCACAACGCUUUGCCGAGGAUGAUCUACAAACAUGAUUCCUCUAUUGAACACCCAGGAAGCUCUUCCCCUCUGCCAGCUAUUUCAGACUACCAGCCUGCCUCAGUCACUGUGAAGCUGGAUCAGGAGGUAGACGUGAAGCCUCCUCCCGAGCUGACCUUCCUGUCGACAAGACUCGAGGGGGAGCAGGAAGAAGAUGAAGACGUGGGGUCUGUGCAUGGCCUUGAUGGAUCCAUCUCCCCCUGCCCUUCCUCUAUCAAUUUAGCUGUGACCAUGUCUCCGUCUCCCAUUGCAAUGAGAAGGGAUAUCUAUUCCAGAGCUGAAAGCUUUAGGCAUCUGACUGGCAUUCAACAUGAAACACUGCAGCUAUCCAAGGCGGAGCAUGAAUUGGUCAUGGACAAUCACAGGAAGAUGGGUCUGUAUAUUGAGGAGAAACGGGAGGGACUGAAAAGGAAGCAGCAGCUGGAAGAAGAGCUGCUGAAGGGUAAAAUCAAAGUGGAGAAACUAAAAGCAGCAAGACUCAGACAUGGGCUUCCAAUACCACACAUGUGAACCUUACUGGAUGCUGUUGAAUAUAUUGUACAGACUGUAGCCACUGGAAAGGUCCAUUAUGUCUUGAUCAGUUCUUUUAUCGCUGGAACCAAUACAGUGCAGCCUAAAAGAUAUAAAUAUUUAGAAGGCCUGACCACUUUAAUUGUUUAAUUCCAUUUCAUAAUAGUAUAACAAGAAGUAUAUGCACACUCAUGGUGCCUAUAGAAAGUCUACACCCCCUUUUCACAUUUUGUUGUGUCAGUGCCUCAGAGUUUCAUGCAUUUAAAUGAGGAUUUUACUUUUUCCACUUAUCUACACACCAUAAUCCAUACUGUUAAGGUGAAAAAGGAUUGAUAUUUAAAAUACUUAACUGAAAGAUCAUAAUUGGAUAAUUCUCCAGCCCCCUGAGUGGUGGAAGCACUUUUGG